ACAUGGCUACCUGCAACUUCAAGACUACCCACUCAAACUUGUUACUUCUCUGCUUCUUGACAAUUAGCAUCUUCUUCUACACCAGCUCACACACAACUGCAUUAUCCUUCAACAUCAACAGUUUCAGUCCCAAAGACACUAGAAUCAUAUAUGAGGGAGCUUCCUUGGUAAACCACCAAGCCAUUCAACUAACAGCAAAUCAAGGUCUCAGCCCUUUGAUACGAAGUAAUAUUGGUCGAGCCACAUAUCACAUGCCCAUGUGGCUCUGGGACAAGAGGACGGGUACAGUAACAGAUUUCAACACCCACUUCUCAUUUGUCAUUAACCCUCUAAAUAAUGGUGCAUAUGGAGAUGGCAUGGCUUUCUUUAUGGCACCUGAAGGUUCGAUAAUUCCUGCCCAAUUGAAGCAUGGCUGUACCCUUGGUCUAGCAAGCGAUCGAGAGCAAUUGAACUCUACAAGCAAUCCAUUUGUGGCGAUAGAAUUCGACACAUUGACAAACACUUGGGAUCCACCCUACGACCACGUUGGCGUUGAUGUCAACUCUAUGAAGUCUGUUAAAAAAGUGGAAUGGUGGAGAAAUAUCACGGGAGGGGAACUAAAUGAAGCUUGGAUAUCAUAUAAUUCAAGCACAAAAAUUUUAAGUGUUGCCUUCACUGGAAUUGUCGAUAACGUGACAGUGGAGCAAUACUUUGAUUAUGCACUGGAUUUGAGAUUAUAUUUACCGCAAAGAGUUAUUUUUGGCUUCACUGGGGCCAGCAAUGCAACUGCUAUCCACACCAUCUAUUCCUGGAAUUUCACUUCAAGCUUGGAAGAUGAUAAUAUAGUUCCUUCAUCGUCUCCACCGCAUUCUCAUAAAAAACAUGGAAUGCCGUGGUGGUUAUUGGCUGCUGUUUGUUUGGGGUCUGCGCUAGUUGCAGCUCUAUUUAUAAUUGGGAUUCUUUGGUUGCGUAAGGUUAAGAACAAAGAGAAGAAAGUGAAAGAAGAUGAAUCCUUCAUUGCACAAUUGACAGAACAAGAAUUUGAAAGCGCAACAGGGGCAAAGACGAUGUCCUAUAUCGAAGUGGUUAACGCAACCAAUAACUGGAAACAUAAGCUGGGGGAGGGAGGAUUUAGUGCAGUUUAUAUGGGGGUUUUGAAGUCUGAAUAUAUUGCUGUUAAGAAAUUCAAAAGGGUGUCCAUCCGUGGGCUAAAGUACUAUGCAUCAGAAGUUAUGAUCACUGGCAGGCUGAAGCAUGAAAACUUGAUUAAACUGAUAGGUUGGUGCUAUGAGAAGGAACAACUUCUACUCGUUUUCGAGUACAUGCCAAAUCAGAGUUUAGAUUCCCAUCUCUUUAAAGGAACAAGGUUGUUGAAAUGGGAGGAAAGGUAUAAAAUUGCACAAGGCUUGGCCUCUGCUUUGCAUUGCUUACACGAAGGACUUGAACAAUGUGUGCUACAUCGGGAUAUAAAAUCAAGCAACGUGUUGCUAGAUUCAGAAUUCAAUCCGAAGCUUGCAGAUUUUGGAUUAGCUCGGAUUGUGCGUCAUGAUGCCAAGUCUCAAACAGUUGAAGGUAUGACUAACGGGUACGAGGCCCCUGAAUGUCACCAAACAGGAAAGUCGAGCAAAAUGUCUGAUGUCUACAGUUUUGGUGUUGUUGCCUUGGAGAUUGCAUGUGGAAGAAAAGCAUUUGUGCAAAUGGACGAUGGAAACCAUGUACGCUUAGUGAAGUGGGUGUGGGAUCACUAUGAAAGAGGCAAUCUUCUUAAUGCAGCUGACCAAAGAUUAUGCGGAGAAUUUGAUAAGGAUCAAAUGGAGCGGUUAAUGAUGGUGGGACUGUGGUGCGCACAUAUUGACUUUUCUCAUCGACCUUCAGCAGGAGAAGCCUUGGAAGCGCUCAAUUUCAAUGCUUCACCACCUAACCUUCCACCAAAAUUUCCUGAGGCAAGAUAUACUCCUGCGCCUGCUGUGCCAUCAGUUUCAUCCUUACUUUCCACCACUGCUACGACUUCCUCAAUAGCUACAUCCCAUCCACAGAACUAAGUUUGCUCCGCCUUCAACAAGCUUCUCUAAUUCUCCGUGCAUGGGUUCAAGACAACACAUUAAUUUAGUUUUAGAAAACGUAUCAUUUGAUAUUUCUGCAAGGUUGUUCAUUUCACUAUUUAAACAAUUAGUACAAUAAUUACCUGUACUUUUUUUU